AUGGUGCAAGAGAUUGAUUAUGUCCUACCACCUGAAGAAAGCGGAAAAUUGGCAAAGGCAAAAAUGCAGGUCAAAGACUACCGCGAAAGAGUGCAGAAAGUCGACAGAGACGCCGAGCGAGUUGACAAAACGAUUCAAGAUCAACUGAACCUCAAACGAACAUAUGCCAGCAUCAUCAGGUUCACUAUUAUCACCAUCCUUUUCGCUCCGAUAGCAUUCAUGACCAGCCUUCUGGCUCUGCCAAUCGAGGAGCUGGCGAAGUACAAAAGGACGUCCGGAGAUGAAGGUGUCUACUCUUCUGGAUUCAUUACAUGGUCGUUUUUUGUUGCCGAGCUUGCGACUUUGCUCGUCACCAGCGGGCUCGUGUGGUUAGCAAUGCUAUACUUGCCACGCCACCUCUUUAUGCAGAGCUCUGCUGGAGCCACGAAGGCUAACAGCACAACAAGCGAAGACGGAGGCGAAGUUAGGAAAGAUAUAGACUCAUAG